AUGGCGACCUCAGAAAGUUGUAAUGCCAACGUGUUGGAUGCUCGCGAAGCAUACCUUGCAAGUUCCAGAGAAAAUGAUGUAUUGCGAGAAAAAUUGAUAACGUGCCAAAGGGAAAAACAGGAAGACCAAGAGAACAGAACCUCCAUGGAAAAUAAAAAAAAUGUGAACAUAAAUAACAUUCACAAAUUUAUUAAUAAGUUAAAAAAUGCCAGUGCAGCCAAGCUAGAAGAAAGGUAUCUUCAAACAUUGCUAGAAGACAUUAAGCAUCUUAAUAUAUCCAAGUAUCUGAGCGAGAUAUUUAACUGUCUUUUGGAUUUAGUUCAUGAUGUGAACAAGUACGCUGAUGUGUUCGUUCUUGUGAACUUCAUAAGAUAUGUGCAUGAGCAUUACGAACACGUAAGUGAACACAUCGAUAGGAUAAUUUUUGCAAAAUACUUCCGGCUACAUGAGGAAGACAAGAAUUACUUCUUUCUCGUGUUCUACGAAUUGUAUAACAAUAUCAGCGAAUCGAGCUUUUCCAGUAACAGUACUUUUUGUUCCUCGUCCAGGGGAAGUGGGCCCACUAGCUCUGUGAGCAUCUCCGGCCCGGAUGGAGUUGCCAACGGUGGUGCAAGUGACCGUGAGAACAAUAUUGUGCAGGAAAAUGAGAAGCCCCCUGUAGAGGGAGAUGGGAACUCGUGCGAUAGGCUGACGCGCCAACUGAAGGAGCUGCAGACUUUCCAGAAGGCUAAAGCCAUGGCGAUGAAAAACCUGCACACGCACAUGUGCAAGGAGGGGCGCGAAACGGACCCAUUCGUUCUAGAGCACGACCUGUUCUCAAACGAAGGAAAGGAGACAAGGGGGUGGAAGAGCAACCAAUCGGAUCAAAGGGCAUACAUAAAGGAAAUGCUAAACGAUCCGAAUGUUCUGAAAAAAAUAAAAAAACAAAACAAAAAAAGGAAAGUACUUCUCUGCAUGUACUUGGAACUGGUUCUAAAUGGAAUUUGCAAAAAUAGGGAUCUCCUCACUUAUAUGUUUAUGAAUAUGUCAUUUUUCUUCACGCUUAAUUUGGACUGCCAAUUGACUGAUAAGGACAGGAUUGCCUUGUCUCUGUCUGUGCAGGAGAAGCGCGAUGUGAAUUCUUAUACGACAAAAUCAGAUGUGCUUCGCUCUGUGAAGAAGUAUCUCUCUCUCAGUACGGUGGUAACGUAUGACUAUGUCUUCACCAAUGCGGGCACGCUGUUUUGUGAUGGUUUCGAUAGCACUGUUGGCCUAAGCGGUAACACGGCUAAAGGAAGUGACAACACUUCUGGCGAUACCAUCAGUAAUACCCAUUCCGAAUCUAACGUAGCCAGUACCACCUCCACCAUCGCUCUCCAUCUGGGCGAGGUGAAAAAUCACGUGCUGAACUUCCUCCACGUGUUCUACUAUAGCAGCAUGGUUAACCUCCUGAUCUACCUCUACGGAGAGCACCUCAUAAACGAAUACAGCAUCGAUAGGAAGAACAAUCCUUGUCAGAUGGAAGAUUACAACUUUUUUAGUGUGUACGACAUGUGCCAGAAACUGUGUUCCUACUUAGACUUGGCAGUGCCCAGUUUGGAUGUCAUACAAAUUGUGGGCAUCCAAAAGUUGGGGAUGAAAGACGCCAGCGUCAAGCACAUAAAGCUUUUCGACAAAAUGAAAAAUAAUAACAGGAAGGAUAAGGAUGGGUCGGGUGAUGAUUCUAUUUGCUUCUGGGCCAAUGAAGAGGAGAAAGCCUUUUACACCAAAUUUCCUAACUAUUCCAACAUCAACAUUUCGUUGAAUGAGGAAGAGGAGGACGCGAACGCAGCGAAUGUCACAUCUGUCGGCAACGCCUCGAACGCAGCUGAUCCUUCCAACAUUGCUAACGGGUCGAACCCAACUGACUCGGGCAAUCCCGAUAACUGCACUGGCCUGGAAGCGACCGGCCGGAAAGACCCCAAGAAGGGAUUCCAGAAAUACCUAGAGAAGCUGUUACACAUGAACAGCGAGAAGGAGCUCCAGGAUCACGUGAUGACAUUCCUUCUUAACUACAAUACGAAACGGAAACGAAAACUCGUGGCGAACAACAUCACACACAUCAACCAGGUGGUGCUAAACCUGAUCCCCUUCUACUGCCGAUACGUAGCCAUCAUUAAUGUCUACAGGAAAGACAUGGCGGUAACCAUAGUAGAGGAGGUGAAGAGAAUAACAGAAAAAUUAAUAAAAGAAAAACUUCCUUGCCAAAAUAAAAAAAAUAAGUGCAUAAAGUACAUUUGUGAGUUAGCCAAAUUUAAGCUUCUAGAUAUCACGUAUAUUUUGGACGUACUACAUUUGCUGAGUGAGAAUUUUACAUCGGAUCACGCGGAGCUGUGCUUGUACAUUUUGGAAAACUGUUCUCUCCUCCUAAUUAACAACGCAAAGACACACAUACGAUUCAUAAACCUGUUACAAAAAAUAAAAAAAAUGAAGAGCUCGAAGAAUCUCUCCACGUCGUUCGAUUUGCUCUUCGAAGAGUGCUACAUUAAGAUAGAGCAAGAAUGUGAUCCGAAAAAAAAAAAUUUAAAAAAAAAUAAAAUAAAAUCGAAAUAUUCAAAAGAAAAUCUGAAAAAAAAAAAUUUCUUAAAAAAACUACUUUUUGAUGACAUAGAAAAAAUAUCGGUGGAAGAGAUAAGCACCCACAUGAGGAAGUUCAAUUGGGAUGAUGUGUUUUUUACGUCUCUGUUGAGGAAGUACAUUUUUAAGUUUUUAAUGUAUAUGAGUAUCUACCAGAUUAGUAACUUAGCGUCUUUGUUAUUCUACAUCGCAAUGCACAGACCUUACUUCGUUACGCAAAUUAUAGAUGAAUUGUAUGAGCGUAUCGUACACAUUAUCGAGAGAAACGAUUUUAAAAAAUUUAGCUUACUCAUUCAGUAUGCACAUUUAUUUUCUGAACUGUUUGUUUAUCGAAUGCUUAGUUCUAGCAGUGUGUUGGACAUGUUAUACUUUUUGGUGGCCCUUUCCGACACAGACAUGGCAAACUUCCACCACGUGGCUAACAUCCAUCGACUCUUCCACGAAAACCGCCUCGCAGCUUUGGAGGAACGAAACAACCCUGUGGAGAACAAACCUGAAAAUGGCACUUCUAAAAAUGGAGACCACUUCUCCUUCGACAACUAUGCAAACCCAGCUCACAAAUUCCUCUUCAUCAACAAACGUAGCCCAGUGUUCCGUAACCUACUCCAGGACCCAGACUGUAGCAGCUUCAUUAACAUCAAGAUGAUCUGCAUAAUCGUUGAAAGGUGCGGGAAGUAUUUCCAGAACGCUCCUUUACUCAAAUUUAAAUUAACAAAAUUCUUCUUAAUUUUUAUCAGAUUUUUGCGUGUGCAAGAACCCCUCCCUGUUUAUAUUACCCACUUAACGAAUAACAUCGUAGAUAUGUUUUGCAAAGACAUGCUGGUGUUGACCACGGCUAAGCAGGUAGACAAGUACCUCCUGAAACUUUUAAGGUGUGAGUACAAAGUGUACCUGAGCAUCACCAGCAGAGGUGUAGAUGCUAUGGGGGGGAUACAUGCUGAGCAGCGCAACUCCUCCCUUUUUGUUACCGAGGAGGAAUUAACCUUUCGACUCGACCCGGAAGAUGCUACUCCGGAGCAGCAUAAGGACAUAGGCCGUGGUAAGCUGAAGGGAAAUACCCGUAGAGUGGAGGUGGGAUAUCCCCACGGGGGUAGAAGUGGGCCGCAGAGAAAAACGGGUGAGUACAACUACGGUGUUGCUUACAGAGAUCGCUAUGGAGGUUCCCUCCCAGGUACGCAAGUGAAGAGCAUUACAACAGAGGACAAUGUCUCGAAGAAGGAUCUACAGGACAGCCACGUAAAACAGGAGGAUGCAACUGCCAACGAAGAUAUCGACAAGGAAAUUAACGCAAUAAUUAAAUCAUCCAUUUUGGAAAAUAGGUCUUGUCAGAGCAGGAGGGACGCCCCGCAAAACAUUAAGAACGCCACGCUGUAUGGAAAGCUUCUCGGCAGAGUGGGUAAACCCGUUGGUGUGAAAUGUGUCAAAUGA